GCGAAUCACUAAUAUAGAUGGGUGUUGUUCUCAGUUAGAAACUGUUGCCUCUCCUAAAUUGGAACCGUAAACAAUUUGAGAUGAAGUUACCCAGCUUAGCAUUUCUUUUUCUCAAAAUUCUCACUUCCCAUUUCUUUAGUGAAGUUUAUCAAAAUGGGUGGAUCUGCAUAUGACAUGUCCAAACUCAAAAAUGUAUAAGCCCCUUCUUUCCCUUACUGUUCAGUAUAGAGGAGAAGGAAAAGUGGAAAUAAUUUUGAAUAUAAGUGGUUUCAAUCAAGACUCAGUAAUUUUUGGUGUAUUCGUGGUUUCAAUCGGACAGUCAUUGAGAAAUUCGAGAACUUGAAAUACUGGAAUGGAUCUGGACCCUAAAUUUGACAUUUCUCGCGUUUCUGAUUUUUUUCCCCUUUUUUUUUUUCCUGUCAAUAUUCUUUUCUUGAUGUAAUAAGAAGAAGAAAAAUAAAUUGAUAGGCAAGUUCGUAUGUUCAAAAUGUCCUGCCUAAAGUUUUAAACAAGCAAGUAUUUUAGUUUCGCUUGUUCUCUAUUAACUCUUAUCCUUUCUCUAUCAACUUUCUUUUGGCGUGAAAAAAGAAUAAAAGAAUUUAUAGGCAAGUAUGACAAUGUUCUAAAAAAGUACUGGAGUAGUAUAUUUCUUAAUUCCAUAUUGCCCCAAAAGUAAAGAUAAUAUCCCAAUCCAAUCGGAGGCAGCCCAUGAAUAUUCCUUGCCUAAUUUGACACUCCAGAACUUCAGCUGGAAGGCCUAUUUUCGAAGGAAAGCAUCCCAAACCGAUGCCUUUCUUCAGCCAAGCUGCUGACAUGCAGACAUAAAAAAAAAAAAUUGCAGCAACCUGUGAUGACCAAGCCGAAUAAUGGAGAAGGUUUCCAACACACCCCUGUCUUGUGCGCUUGGCGCAUUGCUUGUCCUUCUUGCACCAAUUUUCCUUCAAGGAGUUGAAGGAAAUAUUGGUGUCAAUUAUGGUACAGUGGCCGACGACCUUCCUCCGCCAGUCCAAGUGGCACGGUUUCUCCUUGAAUCCACCUUUAUCCGUCGCGUGAGGCUCUUUGAUGCCAACCCAGAAAUCUUGCAAGCCUUUGCUCACACUGGUAUCGCAGUGACUAUAAACGUCCCAAAUGAUCUAAUUCCGCUCCUUACCAAGUUGAGUAUUGCUCAACAAUGGGUGGAACUUAACGUCUUGCCUUAUGUCCCCGCCACCAACAUAGUGAGAAUACUUGUUGGCAAUGAAGUAAUUUCAACUGCCAACAAGUUGCUAAUUGUGAGCCUAGUCCCUGCUAUGGAAACGCUCCACGCUGCUCUUGUUGAAAAGUCGUUGGACCGUCACAUCCAAAUUUCUACUCCACAUUCCCUAGGUAUACUCACAAAUUCAAGCCCACCUUCUACUGGGAAAUUUAGAGCAGGAUAUGAUACCCAUGUUCUCAAGCCACUACUUGAGUUCCUUAGAGCUACUAAUUCACCGUUCAUGAUAAACCCGUAUCCAUUUUUCGGUUCUUCUGAUAACACACUUGAUUAUGCACUCUUUAGGCCUAAUCCAGGGGUCUUCGACGAGACCACAGGACUCACGUACACGAACAUGUUGGAUGCGCAAUUGGACGCAAUUUUUUCAGCCCUGAAGCUCCUGGAUUUUGAAGACAUCGAGAUUGUCAUAGCCGAAACUGGAUGGCCAUCGAUAGGAGAUCCAGGGCAAGCAGGAGUAGAUGCAGGAAGCGCAGCGGAAUACAACAGAAAACUCAUACAACACGUGAUGUCUGGAAUUGGGACGCCCCUAAUGCCCAACAGGACAUUUGAAACCUACAUUUUCGCGCUCUUCAAUGAAGACUUAAAGCCUGGGCCAACAUUUGAAAGAAAUUUUGGGUUGUUCAAGCCUGAUAUGACGCCAGUCUAUGAUAUAGGAAUUCUGCGUCCAAUGGUAACUAAUGCCGCCGAUGCUGCUGCUGAGACUGAUCAUAGUCGCACUAAUAGUUGUACAAAUUUGUUAAUGCUUCUGUUAGUGUGCUUGACGUGUUUAUGAAAUUUCCUCUGGCUUCCUGGCAAAAGCGAAAUUUCCAUGAUACCCGACGACACCAAAGGCCGCACCGAUGAAUCCAACUACACCAGCACCUGCUAAGGGAAAAACAUGGUGUCUUCCGAAAUGAGGGGCAAGUAAGGAAGCAUACAGAGGAACAUUGAUUAUCUCUGUGGAUUGGUUUCGACUGCAAACAAAUCCAAUUUGGGGGUCCGUGCUUUCUUGCCAACACUGUUCGAGCUCAUGCUGCGUAUACCAUGAAUGCUUACUAUCUGGCUAGCUGGAAGUGUUAAAGAAAUGGACCUUAGGCUUGACCCAACCCUGAAAACAUGAUGUGGGACUCAAGUUGGAAUUGCUAAUUUGCAAGACAAAAACAAUACUGAAGCAAAAAAGAGCAGAAAAUACUCAGUAACAUAUUUUCAAUCUCCUGCAACAGCUCGGGCAACUUAUCAGGUGGCAACACUGCCAAUGAAUGCAAGGAUUGAAGUCGAGUGCAUAGCAACAUUAUGAUUUCCCCUUGAUGCAUUCAACUUCUGAUGAGGAGAAAGUCUUUUGACUUCCUAGAUAAAUUUGUUAGAUUUAGCUAAGCGGAAAGUUAACUAUUAGUUCAGGAGCUGUUGUUGAUCUUAUUUUAGCUCCAGGAAAUAAACGCUAUCUAACGUACUGUAACUCAGGGGCCAUGAAUAUUACAUGUGAUUGUGCUACACUACGUGAAGAAAGAAACUUAGUGAUAUUUUGGCCCUACUAUAUCCUGUUUAGUCCUUGAAGAUAGCCUUAUUAUACAUUAGGGACAAUGUUAAAGACUUAAAGAAGGAACAGAAACCAUUACAGAGAAAAAGAUGUGCAACAUUGAUGGAGGCUAUUAUGAUUUGACUCAAAAAUGGGGUCCUCAACAAGUUCUAAUCCUUACUAGUCUUCAAAUCCCGGUUUAGAAGGUAAAACAAAGGGUGUUCAACAAGCAUGAAAUAUACAAACAAUAGGAAAAAUUUUAUCAGACACGGUGUUUGUAUCAAACCAAAUGAUGCAUGACAUGUGUUUUGUGCAGAAAUUUCUCAAACUAAGACUUCUUUGUGAGAAUCGAAAUUAGCCGACCCCAAAAUUAGUAUUGAACAGUGGGUGGAAAACCGAAGAAAGCCUUCUAUUGUACCUACAUUUAUUAGAGAGGGCAUUUUCCU